AUGUUGCCAUUCGUUAUCAUCAGAUAUUUGAUUGCUCUAACAAUACCCAUAAUGCUACUAUCAUUUGACGAAACGAAUGCACAGUUACUCAAUUUAAACUUUUUGUCAUUUAAUAACAACAGAGCAGGCGACAACUCAUUGAACGGUAAUGGUAACGCAGGUGCUAGACCCGGUGCUGCUCCAGCUAAUCAAGCUAAUCAAGCAAAUCAAGCUCAACAAAAUCCUUUUGGCACAUGGCAAUCUGCUCUUGGUGCUGGCCUAGGGAUUGGACGUGCUCCAGCUAAUCAAGCUAAUCAGGCUAAUCAAGCUAAUCAGGCUAAUCAAGCUAAUCGGGCUAAUCAAGCUCAACAGAAUUCUUUUGAUGGAUGGCAAACUGCACUUGGUGCUGGUCUCGGUUUUCUUGCAGGAAGUUGGUUAGGCAGAGGCUCAUCUUCACCAUAUUCAUAUGGCUAUUACGGUUAUCCGUAUUAUCCGUACAACUAUUAUUACGGUGGUUAUCCUCAUUACUACUAUUAUUAUGGUUAA